AAAUACGCUUAUUUCUAUAUACAAUGCUAUUGUACGUCCCUACUUUGAUUAUUGCUCUGAAGUUUGGGAUGUAUUUGGCGAAACACAAUCUAAACGACUGCAAAAACUACAAAACAGAGCUGCUCGAAUUAUUUCAAAUUUCAGCAAUGAUGUAGAUCAUUCUAUUGCUUUAAAUGCCUUAGGCUGGGAGCCACUUGAUAGAAUAAGAAAAAAGGCAAAAGCAAGAAUGAUGUACAAAACAUUAAACAAAAUAGGCCCUGAGUCUCUCACAAACCUCUUCACGUAUAAGAGUGAUAUAACAAAUUAUCAACUUCGAAACAUUUCAAGUGGUCUUUGUCUACCACAACCACGUACCAAUAAUAUGAAGAAGAGUUUUAUGUAUGAUGGUGCUAAGCUCUGGAACUCUAUUCCAAAUGAAAUUAGAGAGAGUAAAUCCCUAUCAUGCUUCCAAAAGAAAAUUGCCGCUCACAUUUUUAAUUAGACAACAAAUGUUGUCAUGUACAAUGUAAAUAGAUUGUUAUAUUCCCAUUACUUACUUUAAUAAAUGCAUGCCUAAUACUAAUUCUAAUACUCUGUAAAUAAUUUUCUAAAGUUUAUACUUCUGUAAUGUCUUUUAUACACACCCCCUGUGGAAAUCAGCUUCGGUUGACGGGGUUAGCGUGGUUAAAUAAAGUUUAUCUAUCUAUCUAUCUAUUCCAUACGAGGAUAUUACACGUUUGCAAGAAGAUACGGAUUUUAUGUUCGAGUGGCAAAAACAAUAUAUCCUAAACGUCUAGUUUCAUUCAUGACUUCCCUUUGAUUAUCACACAUCAUUAAGUAUGAUGUUUGUGGUGUUAUUCUGAGUGUCCAUCCACACCUUGCAAGUUGAAAAGUUUGCCUGGCCACGAUGGGAAUCGAACCUGCGACUUUUGGGAUACGACCAAUACUCUACCAACGGAGCUACGAGGUCAAGUCGGUUCGAGUUGUUGAUAUUUCGGAACUGAGUCUAGUUCCUUCGAUAUCAAUGCAAUCUAAGAUAUGAUACUUUUUGUGUGUGUUGGUGUUAUGUACUCAGGUGAAUAUGAUGUUUGUGGUGUUACUCUGAGUGUGCAUCCACACCGAGCAAGCUGAAAAGUUUGCCUGACCACGGUGCAGGGAAUCGAACCCGCGCGACCUUUGGGGUACUAGUCCAAUCGAAGGAACUAGACUCAGUUCCGAAAUAUCACCAACUCGAACCGAUUUUACUUCGUAGCUCAGUUGGUAGAGCAUUGGACUAGUAUUCCAAAAGUCGCGGGUUCGAUUCCCACCAUGGUCAAGCAAACGUUUCAGCUUGCCGGGGGUGGAUGCACACUCAGAGUAACAUCACAAACAUCAUAUUCACCUGAGUACAUAACAAACCAACACACACACACACACACACACAAAGUAUCAUUAAGAGUAUGUUUGUAUGUUGCACUUAUCACGAGUUAUAGAUAGCUGGACAAUAGCAUUCAUGGUACAUGUAUUUUUCAUAAAUUUCUAUAAUUAUUUAUUAAUGUAGAAUUUUGAAAAUACAAAUAGUUGCGAGUUGCGUAGAUAUAGAGGGUAUUACUUGCUUUGUAGGUGAAAGUUGUCUGCGGGAAAUUUUUAUGAAAACGGACAAUUUCGUCGAAGGACGAUAUUUUGCUCAACUGAUAAAUGAAGUGAUAGCAGAUCUUGAAGAAAGCAAAUAUCAAAAUUCCGAAUUACGAAUUUCUAUCUACGGUCGCUCGAAGGAUGAGUGGAACAAGCUCGCAAAAUGGGCAAUUGAUAACGAUGUUUAUUCAAAUAACCUAAGAUGGCUUAUUCAAAUACCACGUUUGUAGUAAGUAUUUAGAUUUUGUAUUUAAUGUACGUCUACAAUGAAAGUUGCGACUAGAGAGUAUAGACUCAUUUGCAUAUAGUGCAAGAAACUGGAGUUCAUUAUUCCACCUAGCAGUCUCAAAUAUGAUUGUACAGAACAGUCACCCCUUGCAAUCAAAAUGUAAAGUGCGGAAGUGGAAGCACGUAAUAUGAGACUUUUCCUAUGGACUUUUCCCUCGCCCGCUUAGGCUAUCAAUUUUCUAUGGGCCACGUGACCAACCUCGUACCCAGACCCUGGUCACGUGAUCUGCUAAACUGGCCUGGACGCUUGUCACGUGAUCUGCUAAAAUCUAGCAGAUUUCUAAUUGACUAUCUUGGAUUACUCUACGACAAUCAUACGAAAAGCAAAUUAUAAAUUAAACUAUAAAAAAUAUCCAAAUAUCAUAUUGGUCAAUGAACAUAAAACAGCUAAAUAUUUUAACUUCCCCCAUAAAUGCAUUAAGACCGUUUUCUGUUACGGUCGCUUUCCCGCGCGGGAUGAAUGACCUACACAAGUCACGUGUAUAAUAAGUCACGUGUAUAAUAAUCACAUUCAAUUUUCUUGGCGUACACACGCGAAUACAGUAGUUCAACAUCCAUGGCGUGCACAUAUGGGCUAAAGCUGACUGAAAACUAUCCAGCUGCAUGAACAACUACAGCGCGUGUUCAAAAACGUUAGCUCAUCCCACGCGCGUGCAACUCGGUCGUUAUACGGCCUUUACCUUUGAAAUCGUGAAUUUUUAAUGAAUUACUUUUUAUUUUAGUGAUAUUUAUCGCUCGAAAAACUUGGUGAAGAAUUUUCAAGAAAUACUCGAAAAUGUUUUCUUGCCACUUAUGGAAGUUUCCGUGAAUCCAGCGUCUCAUCCAGAACUGCACACAUUUCUUUCCCAGGUACCAUAGAUUAGGAAAUGAAUAGAUGGCUCACUCCUUUGAUGUUUUUGACGCUGCCGGCACCCACGCAUGUUCUUGCCAGAGUAAUGGCGGCCUAGCAAGUAACUGUAGUAAAAUGCAUUGUGAAAUUGACAUCGGUGCUACUAAAUCCUGUAUUUUUAUAAUUCUGAUUUAUUUUUCCAUUCAAACCCCCGAAAGUGGAAAAAUACAGGAUUUAGUAGCACGGAUGUCAAUUUCACAAUACAUUUUAUUAUAGUUCUUGCUAGGCCGCCAUUACUCUGGCAAGAACAUGCGUGGGUGCCGGCGGCGUCAAAAACAUCAAAGGAGUGAGCCAUCUAUUCAUUUCCUAAUCUAUGCAGGUACUGUAAUUUAUACACAGAGGACAUCAUAACGUGGUUAGAACAUCAGUACAUUAAAUACCUGAUUGUCUUAGUUGUUCCCUGAUUUUCCUUGUAAUUAUUAGGUGAUUGGUUUCGACAGUGUUGAUGAUGAGAGUAAACAUGAAGGUGUCAUGUUCCAUGAAGAUAGUCCUCUACCUGCUGAGUGGACAAGUGAAGAAAAUCCACCGUAUGCAUAUUAUCUUUAUUUUAUGUAUUGCAACAUCAUGGUGCUGAAUCACGUGCGAAGGUAUGAGGUUUACUGUAUAGCAUGAGAAGCUACGACCUUUGUUAUUUUCGUGUAUUCAGAUAAGCCACGUUUACUCUAGAGACUCUCAUAUAGGUGUACCUGAUGUAUAGCACCGACCUGAAGCAGUUAGUUUUGUGGUAUAAAUGCGUGAGGACGGAAGAUUUAUUGUUGCACCAGUCAGAAUUGAGCAUUUUUUAUUUAAAUAGCCAAAUGAGUAACAAAUCCUUGGAGUAUCUAAAAGCAAACUUAAUUUGUAUAAUUUCAGAGAACGAGGUUUUAAUACAUUUUCCUUCCGACCUCAUUGUGGUGAAUCUGGAGCAGCUACACAUUUAGUAUGUGGAUUUAUGCUGGCUGAAAACAUUUCGCAUGGAUUGUUGCUAAGAAAGGUAAAAAAGCAGUGGCUUCCCCAAAAAAAUAGAUGUUGGAUGUCGUUUUCAUUCUUCUGCGCGCGAGCUUUGUGAUUAGUGUUUAUUAUGGUGAAAUCCAUGCAAUCCCGUACCCAGAGCCGUUCAGUAAAUGCCUAUUGGGUGAAAACGUGCGAAGGACUUGUAUCAUUAAGGCAAUUUACUGAACAUCUUAUUUUAGUUACGAGUGGAACUCACUGCAUGGUGAUAGUGCAAGCAUAUAAGGGCAUGUUUAUAUGAUCCUGGCCAGGUUGGACGAGAAACUCGUCCAGACGGGAUGGUGGUUUUUACAUGGGCAAAGUACACAACUACACUACCGAAUUUAUUUCUUGUAUUUUUCUGGGCGCGAUAAGUAACGGAUAAUAUAAACACUCAAUAGAGCAGGAUCUCGGCAUCUUACCCGUCCCACAUAGCCGGGGAAGGUGUGAGAUGGUCAGAUAGGUCCAAAAAGAUUCUUGUGAUAUUGUUGAGAUCCUUUUCACAAUUUCGCCGAGUCAAUAAUUGUGACAUAUAUUUCAAAACAUCGAAGUUAUCUCACGAGAUAUCGCGGUAAGCAGGAUCCCACGCUCCUAGCCACACUUGUUCAUGGGAUAUGUGCAUUUUCUCUUAACAGGUACCAGCUUUACAGUAUUUGUAUUACCUUGCCCAGAUUGGUAUAGCAAUGUCACCGCUUAGUAACAAUUCAUUAUUCCUUGACUAUCAUCGUAACCCUUUACCCGAGUUCUUUGCCAGAGGAUUGUUGGUUUCGCUAUCUACAGAUGAUCCUUUACAGUUUCAUUUUACUAAGGUAAGAUUAGUGUGAUGUUCUAUAAAUUAAAUCCAUAAAUUAAACCUCAUUAUUAGGAACAAUCCAGUUAUGAAUUGAAGAUAUACAAUAUUCUGUUAGAAAGGUUCGACUGUAUAUGUCUAACGCAGUUUCCCCUGGAGUAUAGUUGCCAUUACUAUUAUCUUAUACGUCUAAUUUGUUUCCACAUUCCGUUUUUACACGCGCUCAGCUGGUUAGGGUGAUCCUAGUGGUUGGAUUACCUGCAAUGGCCGACAACAUUUGGAAAAAAACCAGCAAAAUUUGCUCUUUAACAAAAAAAACAACAAUGUUGACAGCCCCCCAAUUAUUUUGUACAAAGGUCUGCAGUAGGUUUUGUUGUUGAACCUAAACAUAGUCUAUUAAGAUAUGAUGGUCUGGAAUCCCGGGAAAUUUCGAAGCCACAAAAUAGAAAACCUUCGUUUGAUGUUGAACUGUAUUAAGUUGAGACAAAGGAUUUGUGCACGGUUAAAUGUUAUUCAUCGUGGUUACACGUUUCAUCUCAGCUAUCCCUGUUGGACGGUGACCAUGCACAAAUUAACAUAAACUCGUGCAAACAAAAACAUAUAUUGAUAGAUCAUCAUAUAUUGAUACCACUACAAAUAUGGCGACGAUGCAUUCACGUUUCAGACCUUUUGGAUUGUGCAUUUUAAUAUACAGGAACCGUUGAUGGAGGAAUACAGUAUUGCUGCCCAGGUGUAUAAACUUCAUCCUGCUGAUAUGUCAGAGUUAGCUCGGAAUAGUGUAGUCAUGAGUGGCUUUGAGGAUAGGGUAAGUACUGUACUCAACAUGCAAAAUGUAAAGGCCAAAUGGGGAUUAUUUUAUUUUGCUCAUGGUACUCAAUUGAUGAACCUAUCCUAAUGCCUAAUAUUCGUGAAUUAGAAAGUAUGGGUGAUAAACUUGGCGCCCUUAGAAUAUUAUUAUGAUUGAAUAAUUUGCAAUUUUAUCACUGCUUUAGUGAUGACUGUUCAGGUCUAUUGAUGUCAUAUAUAUUAUCUGACUAUAAAUUAUGCCCCAACGUGACGUGAAAAAUUUGAAUGUAACGGAUUGUUUUCUUGUUGUUAUUAUAGGUAAAAACGUACUGGCUCGGUUACAACUACAGGAAAGAAGGUAUUCGUGGUAAUGACAUUCACAAAACAAAUGUACCUGGAGUGCGAGUGUCAUUUCGUUAUGAGACCUUAAUUGAAGAGUUAACUACUAUUUGUAACGCCGCGCGAUCAACCUCUCCUACGAAAAGUCUAGAAUAAUUAUUCACGAUUUUUUUAAAGGUUUAUUUGGGAAUGGAAUUAUGAUACAUACAUAUAGUGUACAUAAUAAUAUAUAGAUGAUUUAGAUGAUUUAUUACAGUAGCGAAGCUACCCCUAUCAUAGGCCAUGCUGUGCAAAAUUUUGAUGAUUUGCAUUAUUCAAACCUUUAGAAGCUGGUUUAUUAGCAUGGCAUGACCUGAGGCCAUGGCUAGCUUUGCCACUCGUUUAUUACCAUGCAUAGUAAGAUGUUCUACCAAAUUUAACGAACAUUGUUCACUCAUAAGUUAAACACGUUUUAUUACUUGAAAUAUACUCGAAAGACGUGACAGCUUGCGUUCGUUUGAGGUAGGGUCUAAACCAUGUACGACAAAUAAUUCACCCUACGCUGCCAAACGUUCUUGUUAAGUUCUGUUAAAAUAUCAAUAGACUAGGUAUUUGAAGGAGACUAGAGACUGCUCACUGUGAUCCCACGUGAAAGUUAGCACAUCUCAUCGAUUUCUUAUACUCGUAGUCAGGACCUCUGAGACAAAUUGACUGAUUGAGAAACCUACCCCAAACUCAGAUUCAACGUUAAAUUCGCCUCAUAUACAGCCAAACUCCGAAUAUGAUUUUGGUUUGUUUGAUAAUCUACUUCCUAAUGAGCGUGGCUUCCAAAUUGCUAAUCUUAAUAUUAAUAGCCUUUUAAAACAUAUAGACGAAUUACGAGUAUGCAUGACUAAACAACAACUAGAUAUUUUAGCAAUCAAUGAAACUAAAAUGGAUUCUGAUGUACCCCUAGAUUUAAUUUCCCUGGAGGGCUAUAUGACGAAAAAACUCAAUUUCAUUACUAAUUUAUAUCAAUACAAACAAUUGAUAGACGAACCUACAAGGGAAACUAAGAAUUCGGUAUCUUUAAUUGACCAUUUCUAUACCAAUAAAAAGGAAAAUAUUAUAUUAGCAGGAGUCUCCAAAAUAACGAUUAGUGACCAUUAUUUAAUAUAUGGCAUUUUGUCAUUCCCAUCGUUAAAAGGAGAGGAACAUAUUUUAGAGUUCCGUGAUUUCAAAAAUUUCAAUGAAGAUAAUUUCCUACGCGAUAUAGCAUCGUCCGAAAACCAUAAUUUGGAUUCAUACACGGAUUCCAACCGAAUGUGGUAUAUUUGGAAAAAUAAAUUUACUGAAAUUAUUGAUAAACAUGCACCACUUAAAACCCGUAAAAUUGGUAAGAAGCGUACCCCUUGGAUUACGAAACAAGUACUUCAUAGUAAGCGAAAUAAGAACUUAUUAAAGAAAAAGGCCUUGAAAUCUAAAAAUGAAAAUGAUUGGCAAAUCUUCAAAUCAGCUAGAAAUUCUUAUAAUAAAUUAAUUAAGUCGUCCAUUCGCCAUCAUUAUAGUGUUGAGAUUAGGGAUAAUCAAGGAAAUACUAAGAACAUGUGGAAAACUAUUAAUAACUUGAUUCAUAAAUCAAAAAAUCUCAAAAUAUAACUGAGAUCCGUAACGAGAAUGGUGAAAUGGUUAAUAUUCCAGGCAUACCUAAUGCAUUUAAUAAUCAUUUCACUGAUCUUGGUUUCAUUCUUUCCCAAAACAUCUCAAGUUGCUCUAUUCCACCAGAGAGUUAUAUCAGUGAAUCAAUGCAGGAAUUUAUUUUCUGUGAAAUAACUGAACAGGAAGUUUGCCAG